AAAGAAUGUCAGAUCCAAAAGAGGAUGCUUCUCUUAAUUCAGACUCUCACUCAGAGCCCGUCUCCCAUGGAGAAGAGGAGGAUGGGCCUUCCCAUCCAGGUAUUGAUGAAGGAGCUAUCCAGAACAAAAUUAAAAAACACCAAGAGCGAGCACAGCAAAAAUAAUGAACGAAUUCAACAGUUGAAGAUCGAAAGUGAGGCAUUGAAGGAAGAAAAUGCUCAGCUUAAAGAACAACUUGAACAAAAGGAGAAAGAGUGUGUUAAAGAAAAGGAGAAUUCACAAAGACUACAAGCAUUGUGUAAUAACCAAAAGACAAUCAUUGAAGAACUCAAGAAACAGAUCAAAGGAGCGCAUGAAAGAAAUGUCAGUGAGACUGAUAACUCAAUGGAUUACUCUCAGAGGCACAUCUCCACAUUCGCGAAUGAACCCACUGAAGCUUCUCAGAACGGUAUAUAUCUAAAAUUUACAAAGUUCCUUAACAAAUUAUAGAGUCUCUCGGACUGAAGCAAGACCUUGAGAAGCUCACCAGCGAGAACACCUGUCUUAAAGAAUUGAUCAAGAAGGAACAGGAUGAGAAGAUCAGGCAGUUCAAGGACUCAAUGGAGCUAGCCAUCAGGAUCCAGUCCUUUGAGGAAGAAGUCGCAAAAAGUCAGCAAGAGAGAUACCAACUUGCUCUGGAUCUUGACAAGAUUAGCGGGAAAAUGAAAGAUUUAUACGCCAAGAUUAAGGAAUCUGAUGAGAUUUGCAACACUUGUGUCAGCUUUUUAGAGAAGAAUGGACUCAUACAGACCAGCUUUAUUUCUGAUGAUGGAGUCUUAUGGUAAUUCAACCAUACAGGAA